AUGGAGGAGAAAACUGAGCGUGGGAUCCAGCGUCGGCCGUUAUCAUCGGAGAAGCUUGUGGAAGGAGGCUCAGCUGUGGGCAAAUCGUCCUCCAGCUCUCACAUGAGCAGCCCGUCGCCACGGAACUCGGGCAGCAGCCGCUUCAAUGUGGACGAGUUGGAGAUGGGCACGCCAUGUCCAAUCGAAGCUGCCUCCAAGAAAACGAAGAAGAAGCAGAAGUCAAAGACUUGCAACAAAAGGAGCAAGCCCCCGACCCCUGGUUUCGAUCUGACGAACGACCACGGCCAUGAAAAGAACACAGUGGUUAACUUCAUGCAGCGCUUGAAGCACGCGCCACGUGGCAGUAACGGUGCCCAUGAGCUGGGAAUUAGCUAUCACACCGUGGAGGAGUUCAGGGGCGAGGCCGUACGGAAGGCAUGGGCGGAGAAUGCAGCAGCCAGAGCGUUUCUCGCAGAUGGUGCAGUUCAAAAGACGGCCGCCAAUGUUGGCAAGAGUGUUGUAGAUGUGCAUGACUCCGCCAGUGCCAAGAGGGCCGCGGCAGCUGCGGAGAGACAAAAGCGACAGUCUGUCAGCCAGACAUUUCCCCCGUUUUGGCUGCAGGGCGACUUCGGAAUGGGUAGUUGGUUGGCCGAUGCAAAAACUCAGACCGCUGCUGGUUGCUGUGCUUAUGGUCGCACGUGGUUGGCGGUUGUUGCUGCAAGUACUCCGGAGGUUGCACAUGGUUGCACAGCCGGGCGUGAGUGGGGUGCCCAGUCUGCGCCCAGGUCUGCAUCCCUGACAGUGCGGGUCUCGAAGGGCCUCCUGGGCUUGCGUAGGGGCCGUGCCGUGCCCGGACAUGGGUCAAACCAAGAUCCUGACUGGCCAUGUCGAAGCAAUCUGAGCGCGGGUGCAGUGUCUGAACCAGUCUUCAAGAGACAGGAGGCGCCCCAUCAGCCGCUCACCUUCUCCUGGCACGUCGCAGCAGCGUCGCAACUGCUCAAGGCAGUCACGCAGGCCAAGCGACGAGAUGCACACGCCCCCUUCAAGGAGCUGGAAACAGGUUGGUUGUGGAUUGCCAACGCUAACCCUGCGAGCCUGGAAGCCUACCCCCAGUCUGGAGCCUUCGGGAUCAGAACCGAUUGCACAACCAAAAGGCGUUUGAAGCACGCUCCACAUGGCAGCAACAGUGCCCAGCAGCUGGGAAUUUGCUAUCACACCGUGGAGGUAAAGGAGGGCAACAUGUGCUGCCACCUGUCAACCUUGAUUGUCACAGCUGAAGACGGGCACGGAGUUCCUUAUGCAUGGAGUGGGCAGGAGUUCAAGGGCGAGGCGGUACGGAAGGCUUGGGCGGAGAAUGCAGCAGCCAAAGCCUUUCUGGAUGAUGGUGCAGUUCAAGAAACGGCUGCAAACAUGGAUCCGGCCUAUGCGAAAAAGCCUUCCCAGAGCCAGAAGCGCAGGCUGACGGUGCUGAAAGAAUUUCGCCGUGCCAAGAGGGCUGCUGCAGCUGCGGGGGGAACAAAGACGUUUGCGCGAGUGGUUUAA